UGGAUAAACGCUUUUGAAUACUAAAUAGGGAUUUCCGACUACAGGAAUUUCUUGACUCUGAUUGAUGUUGGCUUAAUUGGAUCGAUGGUAACACUUGGAACGAUUUAAAUCGUCUCUCUGUUAGAUUCGCCGAGAGACUUGUAGAGUGAGGAAAUAAUGCAGUCUUUCGGCGAUGACACUUUACUCGCUUGUAUAGACGUUGAAAAGAGACAUCGAAUUGAGCAGGAGCGAGCCGGGGAUAAAAUUCCUCUGCAGCAAGAAAAUGUUAGUGACCUAGGUAAAUAUUUCACAUCGAACUUGCUACUCUCGGAACUCACGAAUAAGGUGAAUGAUGUGGAUAAACCAAAGCUGUCUGAUUCCGGCGCGAAAAGGGCAAAAGGAGCAGAGAACGUGUCUGAUUUCGCGAAAUAUUUGGAGGACAGUAUUAUAUUUCCUAAUGUAAACAGCAGGAAGAAUUUAUCCUCGGACUCCAAAAGUUCGAAAGAAAACGGGCUCUUGUCAUCCCAAAGAAAACGGAGCCCUCGUAAAACAAACAAGGAGAAUGUUGAUAUUAAUUUGAAAGAGAAACUUUGUCCCGACACAACUGCCAAUCUCAGGAAAUACGAUAAAUUUCUUACUCCAAAUUUUCGUAAAAAUAAGUCUCCUAAUAAAACGCAAGAUACAACGAGUAAGAGCGAUGUCAGAACGUUGUCACCUGCCAUUAAUGCUACGUUCAAUAGAGAAAAUUCGGAGUUUGUUAUUUCAUCUCCACCUCUGGGCACUCAGGAUCGUUGUAAAUUGGCAGAGUGGGGUUUGCCACCAAAUAUUCUACAGAAAUAUAUUGCCCGUGGAGUAGAACGUAUGUUUGAAUGGCAAAUGGAGUGUCUGUCAAAUCACUUAGUAACACAAGAAAGAAAGAAUCUCGUAUAUUCUGCACCUACCUCUGCAGGAAAAACUUUUAUCGCUGAAAUUCUCUUAAUUAAGACUGUUCUUGAAAGAAGGAAGAAAGUGAUUUUUAUUCUACCAUUUGUCUCUGUUGUUAGAGAAAAAAUGUAUUACUUUCAAGAUUUAUUGUCUGACAUUGGAAUAAGAGUGGAAGGAUUUAUGGGAGGAAAUGUCCCACCUGGAGGAUUCGCCGCCACCCAUGUUGCGAUAGCCACCAUAGAGAAAGCGAAUUCUUUGGUGAAUCGUUUGAUGGAAGAGAACGACUUGGAUAAUUUAGGAGCUGUGAUAAUAGACGAAUUACAUCUACUCGGCGAUCCUAAUCGUGGCUAUCUAUUAGAGUUGCUCCUGACAAAGUUAAAAUAUAUGACUCUCCACAACAACGACAUCAAUAUACAAUUGAUAGGUAUGUCAGCUACACUGCCGAACCUGACUCUGCUGGCCAAAUGGCUAAGUGCGGAAUUAUACAAGACUGAAUUUCGGCCCAUACCUUUGAAUGAAUAUUGCAAGAUGGGAACAAAUAUUUAUGACAAUAAAUUGAAUCUAGUCAGAACAUUAACAGAGUUACAAGAAUUAAAAGCAGAUGUAGAUAAUAUUUUGCAGCUUUGCAUUGAGACAAUAAGUACCGGUCACAGCUUGUUGAUUUUUUGUCCUACAAAGAAAUGGUGUGAGAAAUUGGCAGAGCAAAUUGCUACAGCUUUCUUCAAGUUAGGUUGUGAAAAUACAGAGCUUGGUGAGAUGUUAAAGAAAGAAAUUGAUGCCACGUUAAUUCAUGAAACAUUAGAACAAUUAAAACGUAGUCCAAGUGGGCUAGACAAUAUUUUAAAGAAUACAAUUUCGUUUGGGGUUGCGUUUCAUCAUGCUGGACUCACGAUGGACGAACGAGAUAUCAUUGAAGGAGCCUUUAGAACUGGAUCCUUGAGGGUUCUUAUAGCAACGUCGACAUUAAGUAGUGGAGUGAACUUACCUGCCCGAAGAGUAAUCAUAAGAUCACCUCUAUUUGGUGGCAGUCCAUUGAAUACUUUAACUUAUAAACAAAUGAUAGGACGCGCUGGUCGAAUGGGGAAGGACAACGCAGGAGAAAGUAUACUAAUAUGCAAACCAAAUGAACGUAAUGCAGCUGCAUCAUUACUUUCUGCAGCUUUGAAUCCAAUUGAAUCUUGUCUUAAUGAUUCUAUGCUAUUAAUAAGGGCGCUCUUAGAAGCAGUAGCCAGUGAAGUUUUAUACACACCCAAAGACUUAGAGCUAUAUAUUAAUUGUACUUUGUUAAGCUUGAAUGAACAGUCUGAUGUGCGAACAUUUUCCAAUGAAGCAAUAAAAUUCUUAUUAGAUAAUGAAUUCUUAUUAUUACAAACUACAGAGCAAGAAUCGAGAUGGGUAGCAACGCCGCUUGGAAAAGCAUGUUUGGCCGCGUCUAUACCUCCCAGAGAAGGAUUGCUUCUGUUUGAAGAAUUACAAAAAGCACGAAGGUGUUUUGUUUUGGAUACCGAAUUGCACGUGAUAUAUUUGGUAACUCCGCUUUCGUCUGGAUGUCAAAUUGGUACUGUCGAUUGGAUGACGUUUCACGAAUUGUGGAACAGCAUGUCUGAGAGCGAACGCAGAGUUGGAAAUCUCGUUGGAGUAGAAGAGCGUUUUGUGUUGUCAGCUCUUAGAGGAAUCAUUAAGCCUGGAAAAUCGUUAAAUAUACAUAAGAGAUUCUACAGCGCAUUGGCGUUACACGAUUUGGUUAAAGAAGUACCACUUCACGUAGUUUGUAAAAAAUAUGGAUGUUGUCGCGGUGUGUUGCAAACCUUGCAACAGUCUGCUGCUACAUACGCAGGUAUGGUAACUCAAUUUUGCAAGCAAUUAGGUUGGAAUUGCAUGGAAUUGUUGGUAAGUCAGUUUCAAACGAGAUUGCAGUUUGGCGUCAGCAGAGAAUUGCUAGAUUUGUUGCGUCUGCCGAUGUUAAACGGCUUGCGAGCAAGGAGCCUGUAUAAACGAGGAAUAGAAACUGUGGCAGACUUAGCUGUUGCAAAUGAACUUAAUGUUGAACGCGCGCUUUACAAUGCUCUCCCUUUUGAAAGCGAAAAAGAAUACGAAGGCGAGUAUGCAUAUGAAGUGGAAAAGAGAAAUAAAAUGAGAACAGUAUUCGUUACUGGAAGAGAUGGUCUUACACCUCGAGAAGCUGCAAUUUUAUUAGUUCAAGAGGCGCGGAUAUUAAUUCAGAAUGAAUUGGGACUCGAACAGGUGCCAUGGGAACAGAACAAGCAAUCUUUGCAAAUCAGAGAUGUUGAAGAUAUGUCCGACAGAAAAGAACAAAUUCAGACGAAUUUGAAUAUAGAGAACUCAAGAUCUAUAAAAAUGAAAACGUCUAUUAUAGAAAAUACAAUGCAUGAAAACUCUAACAAUAAUCAAAAGGAUGAUAAUCUGAAAUCUGAUGCACAUACAAAAACUAUAAAAAUGAAAACGUCUAUCAUAGAAAAUAUGAUACAUGAAAAGUAUAACAAAAAUCAAAAGGAUGAUAAUCUGAAAACUGAUGCACAAAAAAAGAUUAAUAAUACUAAUGCGUCCGACAACAAGGAAAUAAUUGAAUUGAACAAUCAACAUUUUAAUGAAGCCAAUUUAUCACCUAAAAUCACAGAAGAUGAUAAAGAUUCGUCUACUCUUCUUGAUAUAAGUUCUCCUGAUAUGUUAACGGACGAUGAACAACUAAAUACCCAUAAAAAAUGGAAAUGUUCUCCCAUGACUGGUAAUAGCGUUAAAAGAAAAAGUAAUAAAUUAGAAAGGUCCUCAAUUGCUAAAGAUACACCUAAUAAAAAGUUAAAAAUUUUCAGCACAAAUAAGAUAAAAAAUAACGAUGAAAAUCUCAUAGAUAAAAACGAGAGCGCGUCCAUUUUAAGUGGAGAUGUCAAACCAUCUUAUUCAAGGAGUCCUAGUCUGUUCGAUGACAGUUUGAAUCUUGACACCCAAAUGUGCGAGAUUCUCGAACAAAAUGUCAUGGAUAUCGCGCAUUUGACGGAAUCAGAUUCAAAAUUAUUUGUAAGCGAGUUGAAUACCGCAAAUGCGUUACAGAAGGAAUCUGCAAGUUCAAAUACUGGCAAUGUGCAAUUGUGUGGAGAAAAUAAUAUGAAGAAUAUAAUAAGUGUAGCUAAUUUACAAUCCAAAACCAGCAUGUUAUCGUGGGGCGAUGAUUCGUGGAAUAAUACUGAAGGAUUGUUAAAACACAUAGCUCAAGAUCAAAAUAUAAUCCAAUCCAAGAAGGAAGUGUGUAAUCCCAAAAUUAAAAACAUCGUGAAUACUAAUAUAACUAUUACGUUAAAAAAUAUGAAAACUUGCACACAAAACAAUAAACAAGACAAAAUUGCUGUACAUAAAACGGUUAAAAAACAUACUGUCGGAGUUAAGAAAAAAGCACCACGAAAACCUAAAUUGCCAAAAGUAGGAGAGGAAGUAGAUUCGCCUGUGGCAAAUAUAAUCGUUUUCAAGAAGGAACGAAAAACGUCUAUUGAUUCGAACAAAUUCGAUUCGGACGACUUCAUUGUUGAUUCGCAACAACACUUCGAGUCUCUUUUUAGCAGUAACAGAAAUCGAACGAGAACGACGUUAGAGAAAAUGCGUAAACUGCGUUCUCAGAAACUCGCCGAGGAAACAAUAGCGGAAAUAAAUAAUUGUUUAAAUUCUCCUGUAAGAGAAAUACUGAAUGACAAGACAGAGAGCAAUAUAAAAAAAGAACAAAAAGCAAAGCCAAAAGAAAUUUUGGCACAAAAUCUGUUAUUCGGUGCAAAUUGCAAUAUUGACAAUAUUGUAUAUAAUUCCGAAGAUGAGGUAGUGAAUAAUUCGACGCAAUUAAUUUUAAAGAUAAAACAACAGGAGAUACAAUCGAGUAAUUUAAAUAAAAAUGUAAAAUUAAACAUAGAAAAUACGUUAUCUAAUAAUCAAAAGAAUUUGUUGAACGAAACAAUAGAUUGGAAUACAUUGAAUAUUGUGAAAGUUGCUAAUAAUAGAGCAACGUUUAAUAUAUUUAAACGUGAAGUAUUGAAGAAGCAAGAUAUUGCGUUAGCUUUACAUUGCGACACAUACAUAGAUAAUAUUAAUAAUAUAGGGUCGAAGAUUUUUUCUUUCAAUACAGAAGGAAAACGAAGAAUAAGAAGAUCUGGGAAUUAUGCGCAUGGAAAUAAAGAAAUUCGCGGCGUUGCAAUAUCUUGGGAAAGCAAUAUUGCGUAUUAUAUCUCUUUCAGUAACUCACAAGAAUCAAAAGUCUCUGGAAAGGAACAAAUGGCUCUGUUGAAAGAAUUAUUUUAUGAUACAACUUUGUACAUGAGAUGCUUCGCAAUAAAAGAUAUGUAUAAACUCCUGCACCAAUGCUGUGGAAUCACUGCCAAAUGUAGAUUUCUUGAUCCUAUAAUUGCACAUUGGUUGUAUACUAAUGAUUUCGAGAGAAAUUUCAAUGACAUGAUAGCACAGUACUUUCCACAAGGAAAUAUUAUAAUGAAACGUAUAAAAUCUUGCUACUAUGCUGGUCCCGGGAUGGAUGUGCAAAGCUCUUUACCAGGCGAGUUUAGAUCAGCAGCAGAGGCUGUGCUUACAUGGCAUAUGAUGGAUAAUGUCACUAAUAAAUUAGGAGAACUUAAUCCUGCUUUACUUUAUACAUUUAGAGAAGUAGAAAUGAGAAUCGUGACAGUUUUAGCUUGUAUGGAAUUAUCAGGCAUUGGCGUGAAUCUGAAAUCUUUGCAAGAGCUGUCAUCGGUUAUUUCAAACGAAAUGCAAUCUUUAGAAACGAAAGCUUACGAUUUGGCAGGUAGAAAAUUUAAUUUUUCAUCAUCCAAAGAAGUCGGCCAGGUAUUAGGAUUAUAUAAAGAUAAAAAAGUCAGUACAAGCAAGGCUGUUUUGGAAAAAUGUGAUAAUCCGAUAUCAAGUUUGGUGAUUUCCUGGCGAAAAUUAAGUUCAACCAGAACAAAAAUGAUCUAUCCAUUAUUAAAACUGGCCCAAAACGAUUCUCGUAUUCAUGGUAAUUGUAUCACUUGUACAGUGACAGGAAGAGUCUCAAUGCACGAACCAAAUUUGCAAAAUGUGCCAAAAGAUUUCAGUUUCGCAGACAAUAAUCUUGUUUUAAGCGUAAGAAUGGCAUUUGUACCGACUUUAGGUAACAUAAUGCUAUCUGCCGACUAUUGUCAACUCGAAUUACGCCUUUUGACUCAUUUUUCGCAAGAUUCAGUAUUGUGCAAAAUCAUGAGACAGCCGGGUGACAUUUUUAAAAAUAUUGCUGCCAAAUGGAAUAAUGUAACCGAAGAACAGGUAAGCAAUGAAAUGCGUCAGCGUACUAAGCAAUUAUGCUACGGUAUGAUUUACGGCAUGGGAGUAAAGUCAUUGGCCGAAAAUCUAUGUAUAAGUGAACCCGAAGCUCAGGAGUUUUUAGAGUCUUUUAUGGGCGCAUAUCCUGGAAUAUAUAAAUGGUUAAAUGACGCACUAGAACAAGCGCACCGCGAUGGAUAUGUGACAACUCUACUCGGAAGACGUAGACAGCUUCCAGAUUUAAAAAGUACAAAAUCAUCUACAAGAGCGCAAGCAGAACGACAAGCUGUAAAUACAAAGGUGCAAGGUUCUGCUGCAGACAUAGUCAAGAAAGCUAUGAUAAAUAUAGAGGACAAGUUAAGAAGCUACUUUCCAGAUUCGGCUAUGAUAUUUCCAGAGGUACAUACCACCCGUAGACUACGAAGCAAUUUGCAACAGAGAGGUGGUUAUUUAGUUUUGCAGUUACACGAUGAAUUGUUAUAUGAAGUGAAUUUAGCAGAUUUAAAAGAAGUUGCUGUAAUAAUCAAAGAAUCGAUGGAAAAUGUAUGCCAACUUACUGUGCCGUUGCCAAUAAAAGUCAAAGUUGGGCCUGCAUGGGGAGAUUUAAAUGAUUAUCAAUUUUAGUAGACAUUUCUAAUCAUGACGCGCUAAUCAUUUCUUUUUUAAAUCGUUAUUUUUAUACAUUUUUAAAGUAAUUGAUCAUGGUUAAUUAUUUAUGGAUCAUGCCAACAUUUAUCAAAUAUUUUUUAUAUAAUAUUUUUUAUAUUUAUGGAAAUUGUAAAUACUCGAUUGUUUAUUUUAAUUCAUAUAUUAUUUUUAUUAUAGAGUGAUAAAUAUAGUGAUAAAUUUAGGAUUAACGAAAAUUGUAAAUAGUUAAAAUGAAAUUUAGUAUCUUUUGAUGAAGUAUUAAUUAUCGUUUUUAAAGAUCAAUUUUAAUAUUUUAUUUAAAAAUCAAUAUCUAAAUUUUUCCAUAUUUAUAAAAAAAAUUUAUUAUAUAUUGAAGUUUAAUUGAAUCGAUCGUGUUAAUAUUUAAAAGUAAAGAUACUUUAUCUUUGAUAUUGCUAAAAUGUGUAAAUAUUCUUAGUGCAGUUUACCUCAAUCUUUUUAUUAUGCACAUAAGAAAAAUAGAAGUUAAUAGAAAUUGUAAAUAGUUUAUAUAAUGGAUUGUAAUAUCUUCUUUG